UGAUAUUUUUUUUGUUAUCAACAGCCCUACUGUUUUUGUUUCAAAUCGGGGGACAUGUCGUAACCCAAUACGACAAUAAUAGAUCCACAAAAGACCAAAUUCGCAGUUUAUGCCUUUCCGGAUCAGGUCACGUCCCGCAGAUUGUAAUCCUAGAAAUGUCGGCAGCGUCGCGGGUAACUUUGGGCCUGGCAGUCACAGUUUCCACCGCUAUCAUAGGUUAUGUGCACUAUAAACAAUCUGCUGACCGGUUAAAGCUCCACGAUGGUGUUCUGCGGGAUGUGGAGCGGCAGCAACGUCGCAAACACGAAAACACAUACACGCUGCAGCAACAGAUAGACAUCACCAAGCAACUGAAGGCCACGGAGGCUUCAGCGUCUAACGUGUCUUCGAACUCCAAUACCACCAAUGCCUCUACCACUCCCCUGCCACCCACCCAAUCGCCAUCGCGCAGGACCAUCCAACUGGAGACUGAAGUCACAACAGUUGCAGUGCCGAGUGUGAAGCUUCCCAAACGCCAGAAUCCGCCUCAGCCGAUGUCAGGAGCAGCAGAUGGCACUGAACCAGCAGCAGCAGCUGCAGGAUCUGCUGGUCCGCAGUCGGAGGACGAGUCAGCCAAAGAGAAUGUCGGGACGAGCACUGAUAAUGUCUGAUUCUGGGAAACAACAGCAGGAGCUAGGAGUAGUUUUCAAAUCCACUUUAGUUAGCAACUAAAAUUAGACCAUGGUCUGCCAAUAGACCAUUAAAAUAUUGCAUUUGUUAUGUUUUUCGCUAUUUGAUUUUGGAUAAUGAAUAUCAAGAUAUGAAAGAGUUUGAAAUAAUUGCAGAAAUAAUAAUUGUUAUGUAGCAACAUUAAAAGAAAAAAUAUAAAUUAUAAAACUAUUUGGUUGGAAAAGUGUUUGCUUGUAAAUAUUAGCAAAUUUAUUAAAAAUCUAAAUGCAUCUUAAAAACUUUCACACAUUUUCAAAACAAUAAUUUUUAACGCCAUAUUCAGAUAAAUAUUUUUACAUAGUCUGACGGAAAAUAAACAUUUUGAAUUAGUUUUAAAUACACAUAAAUGAAUUUCCGGAAUAUAUGUAUAUUGUAUGUUUUUAAAAAGUACAUAAUGUAUGCAAUAUUUUCAUAAUUUCACGUGGUCUGAUUAGUUUGCCGGCCAGGAGCAAACUCUUAAAUAUUUUAAUAUUUAAACUACAGUUUUCAUUUAAAGCUCCAUUAUGCUUUGUCAUCUGUAUAUAGUAUUACUCAAUUUUAUUAUUACGAAUGUGUGUUAUAAGUAAUUACAAUUCUAAUGGGCGCUCGGUAAAGUAUAUAGCGGGGGGUUUGUACAUAGGUGGUGGUGGAACACCCCACUCCUCCUCUACUCCACUCUUCUCCGUUUACAAAAAAAAGAGAUUUAAAAAAAGGAUAAAUGAACGUCGAGAAUAAAAUACACGAUACUUGGA